AUGAAUAUGGAGAACUUAACUGAUGAACAGCUGAGUCAUUUGAUACGUGUGGUAGCGCUCGAUCUCAAGUUGAAAGCUGAAAUAUUUGAACAAAUUAAAAUUUUGUCUGCGAACGAACGUUUUACAUUUUUCGACGAGCCUAUCAAUGCCCACAAUGCACCCAGCGAGUGUGCAAGCAGUGCACGCAACAAAAUCAGUUUUGCAGUUUUUGUACCGAGAAAAGGUGGUGCACUUGAGAGAGCACGUCGAAUGUUGGUUUCUGCGUUGGAAGAGUUUGAUACUACAACACCUUUUAUUCACAUCGAUGAUGCGCUUACUGAAGUACAGGUCAGUAGCCGAGUACAUCAGCGCUUUAUUCUCUAA